AUGACCAAUAACCAAGAUGAUGCAGGGAUGUGGGAGAAACUUAACAAGUCAAGUCAGGAAGAUCUGUUCGAAGCUAGUUAUGCUCGUAAGAAACUCCGUCAGAUUACCCUUGGUAAACAGCUUUGUGGUGGCAAUACUGAUACUGAAGAAACUAAGGAGUUUGUACAAGAACCUAGAGUAAGAAAAUCUAAGAAGAAGUCUUCUUCCAAGACCUCGAAGUGCAAGAAAUGGACACCUGAGGAGGAACAAAUUGUAAAGGAUUACAUAGUUAAGAAUGGGAAAGAUAACAUUGAUCCUCUAUGUCACAAACUUAACAGGAAUAAGAGCAGUAUUUGGGCAAGGUAUAGAGACAAGCUUGACCCAGCCAACGAUAAUUCACCUCUUUCAACUGAAGAAGAGUGCUUACUCUUGAAGUAUUAUGCUGAUAAUGGGACUACUGCUAGUGCAAAUUCACUUUUUAUGAAUAGAAAUCCUUACUUCUUGAAGCAAUGCUUCUCAAAAAUUGUAGUAAGAGAGAUACCAAAGCUUCAAACUAAUAGUAAGUCCAAAAAUUCACUCCCUAAAGUCUUUCAGCAAGAGAGGACGUUUGGUAGAAGAGAGAUAGAAAGAUCGAUCAGUCCUAAUGAUACUAUGGAUGUGGCUAAGAUUAUUUAUGCCAAACUUGUAAAUGAACCCCAUUCUGGUGAAGAUAUUUUAACACUGUGUGAAUCUGUCGAGGAUAAUAAUGUCAAAAUAAAGCAGGAGACAACUGAUAUUAACUGUGCUUCUCAACCAGCUACAAUCAGUAAAAGGAAGAAGAAAAGAAAUUUGAAGUAUGAAGAGAAGUUCAUUGACCUCUGUGAUUCUCAAAUGACUACUUACACUGAAAAGCCCCCAACAGAGAGGUUAGUCAAGCUUGAAGACUGAUCUUCAGUGAAGAGCAAGAAGAGUACUCGGACUAAAUCCAAAAAGAAACAUUCAAAAUCCAAGCAAAAGAAAGACCCUCAGUCGCCUCGAUCCCAGAAAAGUAAGAGAAGUGUCAGCACAAAGGAUAGACAAAAGUUAGAGGGUCUAAAGUCAAUCUUGGAUAUCAAGGGUCUAAAAUUAUCCAGCGCGAUGCUUAAGAAGAACAAGCUAUUCGUCGAGUUCGAGGUCCCAUUUCUUGACUCCUAAAUCCCUUACUUAAUUCUCCUGCUUUCAACUUCACAUU